UUCACAAUACCCGAGAACCAACAGCCGCCACUCCCGACUGCUGUUCAACGUACAACUGUCCUGAUCGGUAUUGUUCGUGCAGGCACGAACAAUAUCAACGCUGGCCGUUAGGUAGCCUGUCUUCGAUUCGUGAACAAAUUCGACUUUUGAACAAAAACCCGCCAUUCCCUGCAAAAUUUAAACCAAGGCUUUGACAGCAAGAACAACAACAACACAUUUCCCGUCAUAUUCGAAAUCAACUUCUUUCCCCAGCAACAUAUUGUGGGAUCUUUUACACCGACAUCCAAUCAGCUCAACAAAUUAUCAUGAAGCUGACAUUCUUGGACCGCACCGUGGCCGUGUGGCUGCUGGCGGCUCUCACUGGGACAGCGAUAGCCCACUCAUGGCCCGAGCAAACCGUCCGCCUCGCGCCCGACGGCAAAGAAGUCGGGAAGCCCGGUGCCGAUAGAGCCCACAUCGAGACCGGCACGGCAGACUACUUGAUCCCGCCCAACGGCGGCGAGAAGGUGGUCCAGCAAAGCCACAAGAUCGUGAGGGACACCCAGGGGCCCCUGAACGACGCGAGCUACAGCGACCAGUUCCCGAUGCUGUCGGUCGCCCCGGGCGACUUCGUCGCCAUCAAGUACCGCGAGAACGGCCACGUCAGCCGUCCCGACAAGACGAACCCCAACAAGCCCGUCAACCGCGGCACCGUCUACCUCUACGGAACGACCGAGAACGACCUCUCCAGCGUGAGCCUCAUGGACGUGCACCUGAAGUGGACCUCGGACGGCAAGGGCGGCAACGGCAAGGGCAAGCUCCUGGCGACGCGAAACUACGACGACGGCCAGUGCCACGAGGUCAUCCCCGCGGACGGCGACUUCGAGGGCAUCACCGGCUACCGCAUGGAGUUCGUCAGCAAAACCGACUCCCUCCUCUGCCAGUCCGACCUGCAAAUCCCCGCCGACGCCCCCGUCGGCAAGGUCUACACCGUCAUCUGGGUCUGGGACUGGCCCGAGAUGAAAGAGCAGGGCAUCGCGGUCUCCCCAGCCGAAUACGGCGCCGAAUCCGUCCUCGUGCCCGAAAUCUACACCGGCGUGGUCGACUACAAGAUCGUCGAACCCUGCGACGACAGCCUGGGCGAAGUCAAAGGCCCGACCUGCGAGAGCGGCGGCGGGGGUGGAGGCGGCGCCAACGCCAACUUCGCCACGGACCAGCCCGCCACGGCGCGCGGCAUCGCCUCGCAGAUGGCCGAGCCCUUCCUCGUGAAAGUGCCCCAGGCGGGAUUCGACGUGCCCAGCGCCACCGCCGACCCCAAGAACAUCCCGCUCGGCGUGCUCAUCGGCGAGAAGCCCACCCAGUUCCCGCUGCCGCAGUCGAUCCUCGAGGCCCAGAACGCCCCCGGCGGCGGCAAGAUCCCCGCCGCGACCCCGGCGCCCGGGAGCGGUGGUGGUGGUGGUGGUAAGGGCGAGAAUGCUUCUGGUGGAGAUGCCGGCGGAGAUGCGGGCGGCGACGUCGUCGUUACCAUGACCUCGACCGUCCCCGAGGGCAUGACCACCAUGACUGUCACCCGUGACGGCACCGCUGCCGGCGGUGCUAAGGAGACGCCCGCGCCCAAGAUGAGGAGGGGCGUGCACGCCAGGCGCCGCGGUUUCUGAGCGGGCGGCCGGGUGGGCCUUUUUCUUUUGUUUUUGGAAUUUUGCGCGUAAGUCUUUUUUGGGGGGGGGGGCUUGAAUACAUUUGGGAAUUUAUUUAUGGAGGAUUUUCUAACUUGUUUCCUUAGAUGUCC